AUGGCGGCUGUCUCUGUUGACGCGGAAGGUAGAUCGGGUGGUCUGGUGUCUAUUUGGGACCCAGAAUUAUUUAAAGUCGAUAGUGUUUUUAAAUAUCAAAGGUUUGUGGUGGUCUCCGGAGUGUUGGCGGGGGACGAAGAAAGACUCAAUGUUAUUAAUUUGUAUGCUCCCAAUGAUUGCUCGGAACGGGCAGCUUUUUGGAUCAGGAUUGGUGAUCUUAGAGAGCAGCUGGUAGGUAAAUGUGUGAUAGUAGGCGAUUGCAACAGUGUUCGACACGAGGAGGAAAGUUUUAUAGAUAGAUCGGGGCUUUUAGAGUAUGGGAUGACUGAGGGAAAGUACACAUAUAUCUCUGGUAACGAGGAAUUAAAAAUGAGCAAGCUAGAUCGUUUUCUUGUCUGCCAUAUUUUCAUGAGCCGGUGGCCAGGCGCUAAACUUGAAGUCCUAAAAAUAGGUCCCUCGGAUCACUGCCCAGUGGUGCUUAUUUGUGAUAAUCUGGAUUUCGGCCCGAUCCCCUUCAAGUUUUUUAACAGCUGGACCGAGUUUAAAAAGGUGGAGAUGAUAGUUAGGUCAUGCGUAGAGGAGAGUGUUGUAACUGGUAAAGCUGAUCUAUCUUUAGCGUUGCUUCUUAAAAAGAUCAAAAGUGGGCUAAAGAAAUGGCGGGGAGAGGUGAGAUACAAAGAGGAAAAAGAAGUUCUUAACUUAAGUAAGAUUGCUGAAGAAAUAGAAAAGAAAGCGGAUAGUGGUGUUUUAAGCAAAGAUGAAAAAAAGUUGAGGGUUGAGACCAGGAAAAAAAUCGUUCUCUUGGAAAAAAAAAAGAAGUGUCAAGAUUUACACCAAAAGGCAAGAGUUAAUUGGAUUAAAGAUGGAGACGAGAAUUCCGCAUACUUCCACGGGGUUAUCAAUGUGAAUAAAUCCAGGAACAGGAUUAAUGGGUUAUCCUUUAAUGGGGUUUGGAUUAUGGAGCCAAAUUUAUUAAAAGAAGAAAUUUGGAAAUGGUUCAAAAAACAGUUUGCUGAACCAAUGCGGAGAAGACCGGAUUUUGAUGGAUCCGGGCUGCCGAAAAUCAGUAAUUUAAGGGCAUGUGAGUUGACGGGGAUGUUUUCUGAAGAGGAAGUGAAAAAAGCCAUUUGGGGGUGUAAUGAUGGGAAAGCUCCGGGCCCUGAUGGGUUCUAUAUGAAAUUCUUUAAGAAAUACUGGGAGUUUUUAAAACCGCGGUUAUGA